AUGAAUGAGAUAAAAUACAAACUGAAUAAAAAUUCAUCCACUGAAGCUUUAACUUCAGACUUGGAGCGAAUUGAACCAAAAGAUGCAAUAGUUGAAAGGUUAAAUGAGAUAGAAAAUAUUAAUAAAAACUUAUUGGAUGCAUCAGUAGAGGGAAUUGAAAAGAACAGGUUUAGUCUAGCUACAGAUGGGAUACAAGAAGUGGGUAAUACAAUCUCGCCUCAAUUCAAUGAAAAUUCUCGUGAAAAGUCAAUAAGUGAAGUGUUAUACCCUUCACUUACACAAGAACUUGAUGAUCUACACAGAGACAAUGAUAGUAUGAAUGAAUCGGAAAUAAUUCAUAAUAAGAAGGAUUUAAAUACAGAAAGUGAUAUUUAUCAAAGACUAAGUGCUGAAGACAGAUCGCAGAAUAUUCAAAGAGAGAAGAAAAUAUCAGAUGAAAUUUCAGUAAAUGAAGCUGAAGAAAAUUAUGACCGCAAUAGAGAUGAUAUGGAGGGUGAAGUAGCAGAUGAAAAUGAAGAAAGGCGAAGCUUUUCCUCGAAUUAUAUUAUAGUUGAAGAACCUAAAGAAGAAGAUGAAAAUGCUAUUAUCGAAUAUGAACAAACCACUUAUGUGAAUAUUAUGGGUGAUGGAAUUCUCCAUCCGUCUAAUAUAAUGGAACCAGAAGAAGAAGAAUGUGUAGAGGUACCUAAAUAUAGUGAACAAAUAGAAAUAGUCACAGGUCCAUUGGGUAUUGAUGAUAUUGAAGUUCUUGAACCAUCAACAAUUGUUGAGCCAAAUGAUACAGAUGGAGGUCUUGUGGAACUAAUCAACUCAGCAUUCGAACAAGGGUAUGAAAAUGAAUAUGAAAUAAUUGAACCGACAGAUGUUUUGGAACCUCUUUCAAGAAGUCAAACGCCUUUCGGAAAGCAUGACGAGUUAACUAAUUCUAAAGAGAAGCUUUAUAACAGAUAUAAGGAAGAUUCCAGAAAGAGAAGUCGUGAAUCUGAAGGGUUUAUCAGUUCUAAGCUAAGAAAGUUGAUCUCUAAACCAUUUCAAUGGCUUUCUAAAGCUCGAAAAUCUCCCUCGAAAAUUCCAGCUCAUAUUAAAGUUCCAAAGUUAAAGCCCGUUGAUGAUAAUUCUAACAUAUCCCCUCAAAAGAAAAAUACCCAGAAAUUUCUUAGAGAUAUAGCACUCCAACAUGGUAUAAAUGACAAUAACAAGAAGUAUGACGAGUUAAUUCGUCACUUGAAGAAGUCAAUGGGCCUGAAACGCAACGAAAUUGGAAAGGAUAAAUUACAUAAUAUAUCUGACCUGGAACGAGAAAAAAGUAGUCUGAAUGAUUUUAAGAUUGAUGACGAAGAUAACCCCAAUUACGAUACUACGAAUGGAAAAUUUUCUGAUAUUACUUCAAUGGCUAAGGCUGAAGAAAAUACUAUUGACGAAGAAGAUCUUCAGCAGAGCAAGCACGAGGGACAUUUUGAAAAGGAUAGAAGUGAUUCUUCAUCUACGACUAUACAUAGUCUUCAUAGUACCAAUUCAGAAAUUGACGAUUCAAAUUCGCCCAAGAAUCUGCAUUCAAUAAAUCAUAGAAGCACUGACAAAAAAUCGAAAUCUAAACUUCCGAAAAAGAUUUUAGGCUUAGAUAUGUCUGAAGUUCAUAUUGAACCUGUAAGGUCUUUAAGAAGUGGGCAUAAAUAUGGUCUUGAAGAAAAUGAUGAUAUACAAACCUCAGAUUUAUUAUCCUCGCCGAAAAAGAACUUGAGAUCCAGUAGGGAACUACCUAAACUUCACGUGAAUAAACAGAGACAUCUAUCCAAUACAAAAGUUUUAGUUAAAAGUUCGCCUACUGAAGUCGAUUCUAAGCAAUCACUGCCAUCAUCAAGAAAAUCUUCAGGAUCCAAAUGGAUUGAAACACUGCUUGAUCACCCAGCGUUGCGGACACGCUCGAAAUCACCUUUGAAAAGAAGUAUUUAUCAAAUUUCGUCGGACUUGGAAGAAGACUCCAAUUUACCAAGAAGGAGUCGUAGACUCAGACUUCACGACAAUGAAUUGAAUAAUGAAUCUGAUAAUGAAAAGUUAGAGAUGGAAGAAGUUAAAAGAGGAAGACCAAAAAAGAGACAUUGA